GCACCCACCGGUCAGUCGUACGAGUGUGCUCCGGCUUACCGCACACGUACACGCGGGUGUGAUCGAAAUCGCCACCAAAGGGGCAUAAGCGUGGUGCCACUUAUGCGCGCAAGUGUUGUAGCGGAAAGUUCUGUGCGUGUCAGCAAAACAUUCAAAUCGGAAGCAACAUUUGUACGCGUUACGGUUACACAAAGUGCACACAUAAGCUAGAGGUCGUUUCGUGCAUCAGCACGGAAGCUACAGCUGAUAAGUCAGAGAGCCGUCCGAAUAUUUGCGGUACAACGCAAACGCAACAUAUUUCGCACACAAACUGAUAACGAAACUGAUUUCAAGGCAAAAUUAUCAACGGUCGCGUAAACCCGCCUCUACACGACCCCGAGCAGCUGCUCUCCAGUGUGUUGGCAAAUCACUUGCUUUCGAAUGAAUUUGCUGUUAAAUUUACAAAACCGUUCGAUACCGCACAGCAAUUAGUGGCCGCAUAAAUUAUUCACUUGUCCGAGCAGAAUCGCACCAACGUCGUUAUUGGCGCGGCGUGUAUCAACAUAUCACUACUCGCUUCCAUGACGGGCGGUGUAGUAUGAAUAUUGGUAAACUGAAGCGUGAUACAGAGAGAAGCAGCGAACGCGUGAUACCAGAACCAUGACCAAGAGAAAGUCGGUGACCAUGGUGACACUACGGUGGCUCUUUACCUUGGGCUGAUUUUGCAAAAGGGGGGGGAAAAGCCUAGAACGACACCUAGUGAAUCCUUAAAAGAAUCAUAGUAGGCUCAUUCGGAACGACAGUAUCGCAGGCAAAUGAAAUUAACGAACGAGCGCUACAGCAUGGCAAGAAACAGCAAAAGCCGGCGAAAUUAAAAAGUGCAUCGAUUCGCUUGGUUCGUGCGAAUUCGAAACGUACACACUUGUUCGAUGCAUGUGUGUAUGUGUGUGUGUGUGUGUGUGUGUGAUGUGUUGAAGCAGCAAUCCGUUUAAAUCACGACCAAACAUCAAACACGGAAAAACAAACCAUAAAACACACACGCGCGCGAUUCGAAAGGACUGCUCUUCCUAUCGCUCUCUCUCUCUCUCUCUUGCGCGGGAUAAAAACCUGGUGGUGUGGAAAAUGAAUUGGACCCGUAAUCGAAUCAAUUAUGUAUAGAGUUGCAUUGCUGCUUCCGGUGCUACAGCUGCUGCUACUGCAGCCAGCGUCCGUUGCACCUGCACUCGCCGCCCAUGAGUUAUCGUUCCUGGUGCUAAGUCAGCCGGCCCGGUUCAAUGCGGCCCGGGCCCACCAACUGAAGCGCAGCAUCGUCGACCAGAUAAGGGAACUGGAUCAGGAAAUUGCACCGAACCGGCCAGCGGACAGCGUGUUUCUCACGCACGAGCUGUUCCCCGAGCAGGACGGGGCAUGGGCGAUUACACCGAUCCUUGGCCACAUCCGGGCGGCCAUGCUGAAGUCGACGCACCAGACCGCCCGCUGGCUGAUCGUGUGCGAGGAGCAGAGCCACGUCAACGUGAGUCUAUUAGCGCACCAUUUGGCCAACGAGGAUUACCGGGAGAAGCUCUUCCUCGGCUACCCACUGUACGACCGAGAAGCAACCAUAAUUCAUCAUUUCGCAUUUUUCAAAAACCCCACCAGCUUCCUCUACCCUUACCUGCGGGCGGGCAUUGCGCUCACCGUCCCACUGGUCGAUCACCUGGUGCAGCUGCUCUCCGACACAGGCACACCCCGCCCACCACUGUCCGAUUUCUUCAUCGAUGCAGCGCACGAGUUCGCCCUGCUUGUCUGGCAGCGCGGCGAGGGAGUUCCGCUGCAGCCACGCCGCUACCUUUGCGCCAAAGCGCUUCCGAGCUGUGCGAUUCAUGGUGCCGCAUCGCCGGACCACGGCACUUCCGGCACAGGGCGGGAUUCGCCGGACCGGCAUGAUGAUAGUACCGGCUGUACAGACGAUCCCACUGAGGUCGAUCAGAUCAUGUUUGCCGUUAAAACGUGCAGCAAAUAUCACAAGGAUCGUGUGCCGGCCCUGAAACAGACCUGGACCAGGUACGUGCAGCACCUGCGGUACUUCAGCGACGUCGACGACCCAACGAUACCCACGAUUGCCACGUCCGUGCCGAACUCGAGCGCCGGCCACUGUGCGAAGACGCUGGAAAUUUUACAACUAAUCGGCGAUGAGCUGCGGUACAACGGCAGCCUGCAGGCGAUCCGCUGGGUUAUGCUGGUGGAUGACGAUACGAUCCUGAGCACCUCGGCACUGGCCCGCUUUCUAAGCUGCUACGACCCGGGGCGUGAUUUGUACCUGGGCGAACGGUACGGCUACCAUCUGCUGGGUGCGGACGGCGGUGGCUACAAUUAUGUGACGGGCGGUGGCGGUAUAGUGCUGAGCGUUGCCAUCCUGGACGCACUGCAGCGUACGUGCGAAUGUCCGUCGGCCUCAUCGCCGGACGAUAUGAUACUGGCCGCCUGUCUGCAGCGGCUCGGCAUCCGCCCAAUCCAUUCGCCGCUGUUCCAUCAGGCCCGGCCGUCCGACUAUGCGCCCGAGCUGCUCGACCGACGCGGGACGGUUUCGUUCCACAAGCACUGGCAGAUCGACCCGCAGCAAGUGUACAACAGGUGGUUCCGGCAGCAGGACGAGCAUUAUUUCGCCCGUCAGUCCUGUCCACCACGGCACGGGGACGGUGGCACGAUUUGCAAACACUCAACCGAGCCGGUGCGUACGGCAGAGCUUCUGCGACCUUCUGCGCUGGGAUCCAUCGCAGCCGGCAGCGCGAACGGUAGCGUACGCGAGCACGCAAGGAUAGGGCCCUCGAACGAGGACGAACAUAGACGGCCGCCAUCGCAGAAUGAUGACCGUCAUCAGCAGCAGCAGCAGCAGCAGCCGGCCAGCAGCGGUCAGCCCAAGGAGCCGGGACGAUCGUGGUUGGGCAUGACCGCUUCAACCACACCGGAAAGGGAAGUAGCAGUGACAGGAGCAGCAGCAGCAGCAGCAGCAUCAUCGCCACCGACAGUACCGUCGGCGGAACAACAUAUCACGCGCAAACAUUUGUGCGCAAGUAAUGAGCUUCAAUCAAACGGCGAGCUUCUGGUGGGACGGCAAAACCUGCAGGAGUCGGCCAACUUAAUCAAACACACGGAUCUGUAAGUGUGGGAGAGAUGAAAGGAGAAGGGGAUAAAGGUCACGUGUGUGCUGCUAUUAAGGCAUACGUUCCGGUCUUUCGUCUGAAGGGAACUAAAAGGUCUGGGUGUGUGUGUGUACACGUCCACACUGUGUACGUAAAUUGCUUAUACGGUAGAAUAAAGAUUAUCGCGAUUAAGUACUCUGUAA